CGAGCAGCAGCUGCAGGGAUGACCUGCUGGAGUCUGGGAAAUGCUGGGAAUGCCAUUAAAUUAGACAGAAGUGGGCCAUACAGCAGGAGGCUGAUGAUGCUGAUGUGGAUUAUCCUCUCCAGCUCGCUGUGCCUCAUGGCCGAUGGUCAAAUGAAGAUCUCUCCAGAAACGGUGCAGCAGUGGGCUGUGUCAUUUGGCAAAGAGAUAACUGCUUUGUCCGCCAGGUACUCUGGAGCCAAACUUCUACAGAAGAAAUACAAGGAUAUUGAAGGCACGGUGAAGAUAGAGGAAGUGAAUGGAGAUGAGCUGGUGAAAAAGUUUGCAGAAGAAAUGGAAGAGAUGCUUGGGAGGAAGAUGAAAGCUGUUAAGAGGCUAGCAGAAGCAGCAGAGGAUGCAGAUCUGGACCACGAGUACAAUGAAACACUCGAGUUUGACUAUUAUAACUCCAUGUUGAUCAACACUGUGGAUGAGGAUGGGAAUGCAGUGCCGCUGGGUGGAGAAUUCCCUUUGGAAGCAAAUGAACAUUUUAAUAAACUGCCAGUCAACAUACAACAAAGUAACAUACAAGUUCCCACAAAUGUCUACAACAGAGAUCCUGACAUUCUCAACGGAGUCUACAUGUCUGAGGCUCUGAAUGAUGUUUUCGUUGAUAAUUUCCAGAAAGAUGCAACUCUCACCUGGCAGUACUUUGGCAGCUCUACAGGCUUUUUCAGGCUGUAUCCAGGUAUCCAAUGGACUCCAGAUGAAAAUGGUGUUGUCACAUUUGAUUGCAGAAACAGAAACUGGUACAUCCAAGCAGCCACAUCUCCUAAAGAUGUAGUAAUCGUCGUGGAUGUCAGUGGCAGCAUGAAGGGACUCAGACUGACAAUAGCCAAGCACACCAUUAAUACAAUCCUGGACACUCUGGGAGAAAAUGACUUUGUUAACAUCAUAGCUUACAGUGACUAUGUUCGCUACGUGGAGCCUUGCUUCCAGGGCACUCUCGUACAGGCUGAUCUGGAUAACAGAGAGCAUUUCAAGCUUUUGGUGGAAGAGCUUCAUGUCAGAGGAGAGGGCAAAGUAAAAAAGGCAAUGAAGGAAUCUUUCAAGAUCCUCAAUGAGGCUGCUGCACUGGGGCAGGGCAGCCUGUGUAACCAGGCAAUCAUGCUGAUAACAGACGGAGCCAUGGAGGACUUCCAGGAUGUUUUUCAAGAGUUUAACUGGCCGGAACGACGGGUUCGAGUGUUCACCUAUCUGAUUGGACGGGAGAUGACGUUUGCUGAAAAUGUCAAAUGGAUCGCCUGCAACAACAAGGGUUAUUACACACAUGUCUCAACACUGGCUGAUGUCCAGGAAAACGUUAUGGAGUACCUCCAUGUGCUGAGCCGACCAAUGGUCAUCAACCACGAUCAUGACAUCAUUUGGACUGAGGCCUAUAUGGACAGUGUGCUGUUUAACACCCAGGCACAAAGCUUGCUCCUGAUGACCUCAGUAGCCAUGCCGGUGUUCAGCAAGAAGAAAGAGACUUUAUCGCAUGGGAUUCUACUGGGAGUGGUAGGAACUGAUGUUGCCUUGAGAGAACUCAUGAGAUUAGCUACAAGAUACAAGCUGGGUGUCCAUGGCUACGCCUACCUCAUCACCAAUAAUGGGUACAUCCUCUCUCAUCCUGACCUGCGACCUUUGUAUAAAGAGGGUAAGAAACUAAAGCCCAAACCCAACUACAACAGUGUUGAUCUGUCAGAGGUGGAAUGGGAAGAUACUGAAGAAAAACUGAGGGCGGCCAUGGUUAAAGGAGAAACUGGAAACUUGUCUUUAGAUGUGAGAACAUCAGUGGAUAAAGGAAGAAGAGUGAUGUUCUUGAAGAAUGAUUACUUCUAUACUGUCAUCAAUGAGACACCAUUUAGUCUGGGAAUAGUGUUGAGUCGAGGAUACGGACAGUAUAUCUUCAUGGGAAAUAUCUCCGUUGAGGAGGGUCUUCAUGACUUACUGGUUCCAGAUCUGACCAUAGCCAACGAGUGGACUUACUGUGAGACAGACAUUGACCCAGCACAUCGCAAGCUGAGUCAGCUUGAAGCUGUGAAACGAUACCUCACUGGCAAAGAACCAGAUCUGGAGUGUGAUAUGCAGCUGUUGCAACAAACACUAUUUGAUGCUGUGGUCACAGCUCCUAUGGAAGGUUACUGGACUGCCCUCAUGCUCAACACAUCUGGUAUGGAUGAAGGUAUUGAAACAGCAUUCUUGGGGACCCGUUCAGGUCUGAUGAGAUUUCUGAGGUAUACUGGUAUUGAGAAAAGAGUUGGCAGGUCUUUCCUGACCUCCACAGACAAAGAGAAUAUGUUCACGCUGGACCAUUUCCCAGUGUGGUACCGCAGAGCAGCUGAGUACCCAGCUGGACAGUUUCUAUAUUACAUGCCCAGACAGGACACUAGAGCAGGGAGGAUUGUGAUUGCCGCCACUGCUGUGACUGUGACGGUGGGCAAGAAAACGGCCCUUGCUGGAGCCAUUGGGGUCCAGAUGACUCUGGAGGUGAUUGAAUCCAGAUUCUGGGCCAUUGCAGCACAGCCAAAUGAUACAGAUUGCUCAGAUGUGGAGGGGAUUUGUCCUCUUCGCUGCGACAGCUUAGAUAUCGAGUGCUAUGUGAUUGACAAUAAUGGCUUUGUCCUCAUUUCUGAACAGAGCAAUGACGCAGGAAGGUUCUUUGGCGAGAUUGACGGCUCAGUGAUGACCACAUUGAUCAGGAUGGGCAUGUUCAAAAGGGUAUCCUUGUUCGACUACCAGGCUAUGUGUAAGAUGAGCUUGCACUCUGUCAGCAGCGCCCGUCCACUUCUCAGUCCGUUCUACGGUUUGGCUUCAACCCUCAAGUGGUUCCUUUCCAACUUCCUACUGUUUCUCCUGGAGUUCAAUAUCUGUAGCUUCUGGCACACAGAGCAUUUUGCUGACGCCUCGGCUCAUAAGAAAAAAGGGGACAUCCUGCAGCCGUGUGACACCGAGUACCCCAGCUUUGUUUAUGAGCCGUCAGUCAAAGAGACCAACAGCAUUAUUAAGUGCGGACGAUGCCAGAAGAUGUUUGUUGUGCAGCAGAUACCAGAGAGCAACCUGCUGAUGCUGGUGGUGCAAGCAGACUGUGACUGCUCCAAACAGUACCCACCCAUCACCCUGGAGCCUGAGGAAGUCAAAUAUAACGCAUCAGUGAAGUGUGACAGGAUGAGGUCUCAAAAGCUCCGCAGACGCCCUGAGUCUUGCCACGCUUAUCACCCACAGGAGAACGCCGAUGACUGCGGAGGAGCCUCUUUCAUAUCUCUGUCGACCUCUCUUUUCUUCAUGUGUCUCUCUUUUGCUGCGUUUGUUUCCUGAUGAUGGAGAAUCUUGACGUUUUACACUUUAUCAUAUAAACAAGAAGAUGACAAAAACUGAGAUCUUCGAGUGGAUUUUUUUUUGAAACAGCUGAACAGAUUCUGCACAUUUUGCUCACGAAGGCUGUGAACGUAAUCUCUCUUGAAGGACCUUGGAUGUCAUGAACAUUUGUUGGUUACUUCUUGUGAAAUUACAUUUGAACUGAAAGCUGCAAAAAAAAAAAAAAAAAAGGGAACUUAAUAUAAUGUUGUUGCCAUGGAUACUUUUCCAUUUGUUAUUUUCUUAUGCUCCACGUUUUAUUUCUGAAUGGCAAGGGACUAAAGGGUGAGGAGUAGCUAUGGUGUGUGUUAAUGAAUUGAAAUGAAUGAUUCACACGGUACAGCAUGAAAAAGUAAAAGGAGAAAAGCAUUUCUCAUAUCUCACUGAGCUGAGUAUUUGUGCACACUCAUGCAAAUUAUGCAUGUGUUGGCGCACAGCCAGUAAACACACAUCCAUUACUUUAUCUGCAGACCUUGCUUUUUUUUUAAUAAUUGAAUAAUAGCCACUGAUUAGAGGGCUGCUGCAGGAGGAGUGUAGGGAGACUCUGUUGUGUUGCUGAUGAGUCAUGUUAAUAAUGGACAGUUGAUGGUGGAUAAGGUAAAGUAGGCACAGCUGAAUUAUAUAGAUAAUUAUCUAUGUAAUAUUAAUAUGCAAUAAAGUGAGACAGCCUCUCAAGGAGCUGCAAUUUCAGUUUUUAUUUAUAUCCUAUAAAUUUAUGUUUCUGUGACUAUUAUCUUUAAAUGUCUGUCUGCCUUUUUUGUCUUUUUUCUCUCUGUACAUACUGUAACCAAUCAUGUAUGUCUGGCUAAUGGGCUGUACAGGUUGAAAUGAUAAAUGUGCUGAAGAGCACAUUCUAAAAAGGGAAUAGCUCAUUUUUCCACAUUAAAAAAUGCAUACAUGGAUUUGCAGUAUAUUUGCCACAAAGAAGUAAUUGAAUUUUCAAAAUAGUAUAUAUAAAUGUUCUGGAAAUUGAAAUAUACAGGGUUUUUUUUUUUUGAGAUGUUACUGUUAUUUUGAACACUCUUUGUGAGCCUCCAAUUUUUUCUGAAUUUCAAAUUGAAUUAUUAUAGCAAUCCCCGCUCUGAGAGAGCUCAGUCCCCAAAAAUAUCAUGUUCAUAAAAAUGUAAUCUCAGUGUAAAUUAGCACUAUAAAACUAACUGCAUAUGAUAUUUUUGUAUACAGUUGCUUGUGUGUUUUAUAUUUUGCACUUUUUUGCUGAGCACUUAAUUGCAUUUUGGCCUGUGAGUGUCUGUGUAGACUUUUCUAUAGCAUUUUUUAAAAUUAUCUAUAAGUAAACUUUGAUUUUUUUUUUUUUUUUUUUUUUUUUUAAUGCCUGAGGUUUUGAGUGUUUCAGUAAUUGAUUCAGAUACAUAUCAUUUGUGUGGAUGUGCAUCUUUCCUUUUUGAGUAAAUUAUUUAGCUGUCCUGAUUUUGUUUGUACUCUCCACUGGUUGACAUUACCAGACUGACUGAGGCCAUAAUUUGUACUAUGUAAAUAAAAUUAUAAAUUUG